AUGACAGUCGACUUCCGCCCUCCGCCCUCCGCCCUCUUCGCUUUUCCGCCAGACUCCCGCCCCGCCGUCCUCCCGCCCGCCCAGCAGUCCUCUCUCUCCUGGCAUCACCCUUUCAACAUCCCUCCCGCCGUCUACUCGGCUCUCCUCCGUCCGGCCGUGCCCAUCGCCAUCGCCGCGACCUACGCCCUCACUGUCUCAUACAUCAACCGCCUCAACCGCCGCAGAGACCACCGCCCCUGGGCCGUCAGCAAGACCCGUCCCUUCAAGCUCUUCGUCGUCCUGCACAAUGUCUUCCUCGCUGUCUACUCGCUCUGGACCUUUCUCGGCAUGAUCCGCGCUUUCAGACUCUCCUGGCCAGAGCCAUCCAUGCGCUCGUCCCCAGCUGCCAUCGUCGACUGUCUCUGCAAGAUCAAUGGACCUAGGGGACUAGGCAACGCUGCUGUCUAUGAUACCAACACCAACAGAUGGACCAUGACCAACCCGGACUCGGGAUACCAUCUCACCCCCGAGGGACUGCCUGACGCUACCGAUGUUGGGCGCCUCUGGAACAGCGGACUCGCCUACUUUGGAUUCCUCUUCUACCUCUCCAAGUUCUACGAAGUGCUGGAUACCGCCAUCAUCCUCGCAAAGGGCAAGCGGUCGUCCACUCUCCAGACCUACCACCACGCCGGAGCCAUGAUGUGCAUGUGGGCCGGCAUCAGAUACAUGGCCUCCCCCAUCUGGAUCUUUGCCCUCUUCAACUCUCUCAUCCACGCCAUGAUGUAUACAUACUAUACGUUGACGGCACUGAGAGUCAAGGUGCCAACCAGGAUCAAACGCUCUCUCACCACCAUGCAGAUCGUCCAGUUCGUCAUCGGAACUCUCCUCGCUGCGGCCCAUCUCUUCAUCUCCUACACCGUCCCCGUCCAGGAAUCCCACCCCGUGGCUCUCCAGCCCUUGACCGAGACCAUCCCUUCUCAAGACACCACCGGUCUGCUUCCCUGGCUCAAGAAGCUCGCCUUCAGGGCCGCGGGGGCAGACGGGGUCGCUGCAAACGUCCUCUCGGCCAACCGCACCCUCUUCGGCACUGAUGGAUCCCACGCUGCCCACGCCCUCGUCAACCACCGCGAACUCCGCAAACAGACGCUCCAGACCACCGUCCCUUGCAUCAACACCUCCGGCCAAGCAUUCGCCAUCUGGCUCAACCUCGUCUACCUCCUCCCGCUCACCUUCCUCUUUGUCCGCUUCUUCAUUCGCUCGUACCUGCGUCGCACCAACGAGCACCAGCACCACGCCGCCGAAAAGGCCAUCAAGGACGUCACCCGUGAGAUCUCCAAGGCCGUCAGGGAGAUGCAUGGCAACACCUCCGACGGGCCAUCUUCCGGUUCAUCCACUCCCAGACCAGAGAGGGCUUACGAGGCUAAUGUUCUCGACCUGCUCAACCGCAAGCAGCGCAUCGCCGAGAAGGAGAUCACCACCAAACCUACUCCUCUUACUCCUACUUCUCCUACUCAAGAAGAAAACCAGGAAAAUCAGGAAAAUCAAGAAAAUCAAGAAAAUCAAUCGACUGCAACCUCGACUGCCAUUGACGUAGCCACCGUUACACAAGAACAAAAGUACGAAGCUAAUCUCAAGGACGUCAUGACCGCUGAGGAAAAGGCCAUCGACAGCCACCCGGAGGAAUCCACCGCCCUCUGCGUCGACUACGAGGCUGCUACUCCCCAUUCUCCCUCUCAUUCCCCCUCUCCCUCUUCCCCAAUGUCUCAUGCCCAGCGCAGAAAGAAGAAAGCCGCCAAGCGUCAUUAA